GGAACCGUCCGCAUUCACCUUGGCGCAGCCGAGUCGUUCCUCACGUUACGAGAAGCUCCGUUCACCGUGGCGUUUCAUCACACGGCACAUGGACUAUAAACGACUAGGCAGAGCAUCCCUUGUGUGCGCCGGAACGGUUCCACUGAGGGGGAUGAGGAAACGAGUAGGUGGCAUCGCGGUGUGACCGGUUGUUUUAAUCAGUGCGCGGGCUCCCUCGACUCGCCGGUUCGUCGCAGUGCGUCGGUGCGGCUCGGAGUAUGGACCGCGAGACCGCUACGGAUCCUGGAGUGUCCAUGACAGUAACGGACGGUCAGUGCUAAUCUGUGAAGUGGCAUGGGUGUUACUCGCGUAUGAUUACCCGCGGACUGUCGGCGACUUCAAAGAAAGCGAUGCGCCCGUGAGGGCUCCUCCCUCGACUAUUCCCCGAAGGUGUCACGGAGGGAUUCACCUCCCACGUUAGUGUCGUGAUAUCAGGAGUGUUGCGAGGGGAGUAACGGAUAGAGAGGAGAGGGUGGGCGGUGGUGGUGGUAGGAAGAGAGAGGACCCCAGCCACAGCGGACGCCAUCUCCGCGUUAUCGGCAAGCGGAUCCCCCGGGACUCCCCCCCGAGCAGCAUCGGCGUCGCGCACCCUCGGCGGGAACUACCCCGCGACAGCGGCCACCCUGAUGGGAGUGUAUGAGGAGCGCGCCCCUCCUACGACCGGCAUGCACUGGCAGCCGCCCAGCUCGCAGGAGCGUGGCAGCGGCUUGGCUGUGGGGCGCCAAGGGGGGCCUGGUAGCGCGGGGGGGCCCGGAGCAGUGGACCAGGCGCGGGACCUAAGUCCUUGCCUUCCCGCGUCGAUGGGCGAUGCUGCGCGACCCACUACUCUACCAUGCAGCCCUCCUGCCGCCCACCAUCAUGGGUCCCAUCAUACGCCCCUGCAUCAGACCCACUGCGGCACCAAUAACAAUUGUUACGACGGAUCGACCACCCCUUACGACUCGAGGGACUACGAUUCUCCCGGAGGUGCACAGGAGUACAGGGGAGGCGGUGGGAACUUCGAAAAUGCCAGUGACCUAAGCAUGCCGUCGCAGACCGCGCAUCAUCACCACCUACAUCACCAUCACCAUCAUCAUCCUCAUCUGCACUCGCAGGAGCAACAGACCACGACGGAACACUUGCACGCGGUCCCGAAAUUGGAGCCACCGCCCACGCCACCGGCACAGUCCGAGGACAUUCCCGGAGUGGUUUGCGCGGGGUGCGGCCUCAGGAUAUCCGACAGGUUCUAUCUUCAGGCCGUCGACAGGAGGUGGCAUGCCGCGUGCCUCCAGUGCUCACAUUGUCGUCAGGGUCUCGACGGGGAAAGCACCUGCUUCAGCAGAGACGGGAACAUCUACUGCAAAAAGGACUACUAUCGAAUGUUCGGUAGCAUGAAGCGGUGCGCGCGCUGCCAAGCGGCGAUCCUGGCGUCCGAGUUAGUGAUGCGCGCGCGCGACCUCGUCUUCCACGUGCGCUGCUUCUCGUGCGCGGCGUGCGCAGUGCCCUUAACGAAGGGCGACCACUUCGGCAUGCGAGAUGGCGCCGUGCUCUGUCGGCUGCACUACGAGAUGGGCGCCGAGCUGCAUCCGGCACAGAGCCCGCCGGUUCCGGUCUAUCCGCCGCAUUAUCCCGGCCAGCCGCCCUUCCCCUCGCCCGAGUUCCUCCAUCAUCAUCACCAUCAUCACGCGCCGCCGCAUCCUCACCACUCGAUGCACCCCCAGCACCCGCACAGUCACGUCAGCCCGGUACCCCUGCAGCCUUCGACACCCUCCGUACCCGAUGCGUCUUCGCCCGCCAAGGUACCCUACUUCAAUGGCGCCGCCACCGUGGUACCGCCGCCCAGGCAGAAGGGCAGACCGAGAAAGAGGAAGCCGAAGGAUCUUGAAACCAUGACCGCAAGUCUUGAUCUAAACGCGGACUACAUAGACAUGCCCUUCGGCAGAGGUCCUGGGACCCCAGGUAUACCCGGCUCUAACAGCAGAACGAAACGAAUGAGAACGAGUUUCAAGCAUCAUCAGUUAAGGACGAUGAAGAGCUAUUUCGCGAUCAAUCACAAUCCCGACGCGAAGGACCUCAAGCAGCUUUCCCAGAAAACUGGCUUACCAAAAAGGGUGUUGCAGGUUUGGUUCCAAAACGCGCGAGCAAAAUGGCGGCGCAUGGUGCUAAAGCAGGAAGGCAAAUCUGACAAGUGCGACGGCGGGGUGGACGGCGGUAGCCUCGGUGACAUAGAACUCUACGGCAACAGCACCGGAAGUGGCGGGCCACCGAUGAGCCCGCCCUUCAUGCUCGGUGGUCCUCACAGUCCUGCGUCCCUGACGUCUCUGGACUGCGCGUGAUUCCUGAGAUCCGAGAUCGUUCUUACCGACUAGCGUUAUCCGCGCUUCUCUUAUCUCGCGAUAAGACCUCGCGCUUGGACGGUUCAUCUCUCUCUCUCUCUCUCUCUCUCUCUCUCUCUCUUUCUCUCUCACGUGAGUGAUGCUUCCCGCGAGUGAUGCGCGCGAAGGCGGUAUAAAUUGUGAAUAAUCGUUGAGCAUGUAAAAACGAAAGUAACGUUUCCGCGGUGUCGAGUAACUUAAAACGUUAAAUAGACGAUUAGCGAGGAUCGGCCACGAAGCGAGAUUAGUGAUAUCGAUAUAUAUAUCCGAGUGCCCGGGUGCCUCGAAACCCGGGUAUUACGGGUAUCCGCCGGGUAUCCGGUUAUUUUGCAAAUUACCUGGGUACUUGAGUACUGUGAUUAGCUUAGACAGUACCUUAGAAAAUAAAAGACUAAAUCAGCUGAUGCGGGAUUAGCUGCCGAGAAAAUCAAACGGACGGGUAACGCUCGAUGUUACGCAGGAUUCUCGGCCCCGAGUCUCCGGAUUAUUUCGGAUGGUGUCCGAGUAUCCCGCGAACUCGAGUACCGGGUAGAUACCUGGGCACUCAGGUGUAGGAACUACCCGGUUUACCCUGACAGCGCUGACCGAGGUUCGAGGAAUACGUUCGUUGAAAGUGCUGGGGAUUUGAUUACUCUUCUAGUAAUAAAUUGAAUGUAAAUCUUAAGAAUCUCUCAAUGUCGCUUGUCAAUUGUGGAAUUGGUUUCCUCGGAGGUCUUGCUUCGGAUCGAGUAGCUAAUCAAAAUGUUGUAAAGUUGACACGGACGCGCUGAGACGGCGUGGGUUCGUUUAAUCGACAGAAUCGUUGUAUUUAUUCUAGCUCGGAUUGCGGCCACCCGCCGCGAACAAAACAUUAAAGUCGUUCGUUGAAGGCAAUGUAAUUAGUUGCGAGAUCUAUUUAUUCGUCUAAGCCUAACUAAGGGUCGCGAAGUUAAGCGAUACUACGUGAAAAUUCAGCGUUUUCAAAGUUCCGAAAUGUUUGGAAAGUUCCCAAAGGAAAUAAUUGGAAUCGACCGUCGGCCGUUGUCAAGUAGGACGCGGAAAGUACCUUAUCGAGAUGAAUCAAUCUGUCAGUUACAUAUUGAAAUUACCGAUGACUUAAUGUCACUUGAUGUGCCUUUUGUGCAGCAAGUCUCUUCCAUUUUUGUUUGAAAUUGAAAAGGACAGCAGGUAGAAUCGCGACCCUAACGGAUUCACGAACGGACGCGCGAACGGAACGCUGGAUUUUGACGGGGAUAAUAUUAAUUAUUUAUAAAAAGAGUCGCAAAUUGUGUACAUUGUUGCUCAAGAUCAGGCCGCGACGGAAGUGACACACGGUUCGGCCUUGUUAUUGUAAAUAAAGAACGUUCCUCCGUACGUUUCUUAAGGCACCGCUAUAGGUUGUAGGGCUCUAUUAAUUGCAUUCGGUAGCGGUCGUGCUUCUCUAGGCGAGAGGUAAUAAUAGUAAUGACGAUACGCAGGACUAUUGAUAUUACUGCUCCUACUAUUAGUCCUCCUUGUAACGAUGCGGAACGAUUGUCCAACU